GAAACUUUAUUGCCGCCAUUAACCAAACUUACAACGCAGGAAUAACGGAAGCGUCGUAUUCGACAGGGGUUGCAAGAGUCUGGAGCUGAUGAGAGACAGAGGAGUGGAGAAGCAAACCCUGGUCUCCAGAGGUGGGAGAUGACCUUGCUAACUGCAGUGCCACUCAAGCUGGCAUACGGUGAAAACAAAAAGAUUAAGGUGUCAGUAAACAACACAACCUCAGCUUACUAACCAGGCCCACAGGAAGCCGAGGUGUAAAGGCGUACAAUGGAGAGGAUUGAACCACCCUCACCCAGCUGUCUGUCCAUGAAGAGUGAUCACUCUAUGGAUCUACCAAUGAAAUUCAAAGAUGGCAACUUCCCUCCUGACAUCAGGCGUACAAUGGAGAGGAUUGAACCACGCCCUCCCAGCUGUCUGUCCAUGAAGAGUGAUCACUCUAUGGAUCUACCAAUGAAAUUCAAAGAUGGCAACUUCCCUCCUGACAUCAGGCGUACAAUGGAGAGGAUUGAACCACCCUCACCCAGCUGUCUGUCCAUGAAGAGUGAUCACUCUAUGGAUCUACCAAUGAAAUUCAAAGAUGGCAACUUCCCUCCUGACAUCAGGAUCUCAGUCUGUCCUGUACACAGGCGUACAAUGGAGAGGAUUGAACCACCCUCACCCAGCUGUCUGUCCAUGAAGAGUGAUCACUCUAUGGAUCUACCAAUGAAAUUCAAAGAUGGCAACUUCCCUCCUGACAUCAGGCGUACAAUGGAGAGGAUUGAACCACGCCCUCCCAGCUGUCUGUCCAUGAAGAGUGAUCACUCUAUGGAUCUACCAAUGAAAUUCAAAGAUGGCAACUUCCCUCCUGACAUUAGGUGUAAAAUGGACAGGAUCAUAUUACCCGCACCCAGCUAUCUGUCCAUGAAGACUGACCACUCCAUGGCUCAACCAAUCGGAUUCAACAGUGGCAGCAUCCCUUCUGACACCAGGCAUACAAUGGAGAGGAUUGACCCACCCUCACUCAGCUGUCUGUCCAUGAAGAGUGAUCUCUCUAUGGAUCUACCAAUGAAAUUCAAAGAUGGCAACUUACUUCCUGACAUCAGUGAGCUGCCAUCCAGUCUCCUAACAGAAGAUCAGUUCAGGUGUUCUGUGUGCAGUGACCUUCUGAAGGAUCCAGUGUCUAUCCCCUGUGGACAUAGUUAUUGCAGACAGUGCAUCACUACCUACUGGGAGAAGCCAGGCAGCAUUGGAUCCUACGCCUGCCCUCAGUGCAAAAAGAGGAGCAGAACUUAUCCUGUGCUCUACGCAAACUCAGCUUUAGCUGUGCUGCUGCAGAAGCUCCAGCAGGCAGGACUCAGUCCCACCCUCCCUGGGCGGAGCUAUGCUGAGCCGGGGGAUGUGGCCUGUGAUUGGUGUAUUGGCAGGAAGCUGAAAGCUGUCAAGUCCUGUCUGACCUGCACUGCCUCCUACUGUGAGACCCAUGUGAAGCCGCACUACAUUGUACCAGCACUGGAGAGACACAGGCUGGAGGAGGCCACUGAGAACCUGGAACACAAGCUCUGCCAGAUACACCACAGAGCCCUGGAGUUCCUCUGUAAGAUGGAGAAGACUCUCAUCUGCAGCCUGUGUCUUGUGGAGCAACACCAAGGUCAUGAUGUGGUCUUUGUCAAGUCUGAGGAUUCUGUGAAGUUGUCAUAUAAAGACUCAAGCGUAUUGACAUUCCAGACAAAAUUUUUUUCUGGAGGACGUGAGGAACCUAAGCAAGUUUUUAUUAUAGACCUCUCUGAGAGAAAGGCCUCCCUCCUACUAGAAGUGCUGAAACUCCAGACAGACAGGAGAGCAGUAGAGCUGGAGGGCUGGUCAGAAGAAGAGAGUGAAGUGAGGAGCUUCCUUCAGUGUCUGCCCUACAUCUCACAGCUGAGAUUUUCCGGAAAGAAUGUAUACAGCAGUAACAAAAGUCAAGCAUCUGUGAAGUUCCUGCUGAAGCUCAGUGUUGAAGCAGCAGAGAGUGACACUGGAACAGGAGGGAGUGUCUCCCAGUGUCUGUCCUCUGUGUGCAGUUACAGCACUUUUCCUUGUGGUGAUGACAGACCAUCUGUACAGUGUGGAUUCCUGUUGUAUCUGUACUCACAUGUGAAGGACUAUGAGUCCCAAACACAGAGGAGUGUCCUCCCUACUCUACUGCCCAUUUACCAGUCAGCUCCUGCAGUCUGGGUUAUAGACCUCUCUGUGAGAAAGGCCUCCCUCCUACUAGAAGUGCUGAAACUCCAGACAGACAAGAGACCAGUAGAGCUGGAGGACUGGUCAGAAGAAGAGAGUGAAAUGAGGAGCUUCCUUCAGUGUCUGCCCUACAUCUCACAGCUGAGGUUUUCCAGUAACAUUUUAUGGAACAGUAACAAACAUCAGGCAGCUGUAAAGUUUCUGCUGAAGCUCAGUGUUGAAGCAGCAGAAAGUGACACUGGACCAGGAGGGAGUGUCUCCCAGUGUCUGUCCUCUGUGUGCAGUUACAUCACUUUUCCUUGUGAUAAUGACAGUCCAUCUGUACAGUGUGGAUUCCUGUUGUAUCUGUACUCACAUGUGAAGGACUAUGAGUCCCAAACACAGAGGAGUGUCCUCCCUACUCUACUGCCCAUUUACCAGUCAGCUCCUGCAGUCUGGGUUAUAUACCUCUCUGUGAGAAAGGCCUCCCGCCUACUAGAAGUGCUGAAACUCCAGACAGACAAGAGAGCAGUAGAGCUGAAGGGCUGGUCAGAAGAAGAGGGUGAAGUGAGGAGCUUCCUUCAAUGUCUGCCCUACAUCUCACAGCUGAGAUUCUCGGAUGAGUGUUUCGGUGUUGUGUUUGUGCUGAAGAUGUGCUCAUUGGCAGCUGACCAUGCAAAAAUGACAGGAGAGACACCCCUGGAAACAUUAUUCUCAGUGUUUAACAUCAAGACCAUCAUAAAAGGAGCUUAUGAAAAUCACAUAUAUAAUGUAAACAAGCACAAUUUGGUGUGUGGAUUCCUGUUGGAUCUGUACUCACAUGUGAAGGACUAUGAGUCCCAAACACAGAGGAGUGUCCUCCCUACUCUACUGCCCAUUGACCAGUCAGCUCCUGCAGUCUGGGUUAUAGACCUCUCUGUGAGAAAGGCCUCCCUCCUACUAGAAGUGCUGAAACUCCAGACAGACAGGAGACCAGUAGAGCUGGAGGGCUGGUCAGAAGAAGAGAGUGAAGUGAGGAGCUUCCUUCAGUGUCUGCCCUACGUCUCACAGCUGAGAUUUGAUAAAGAGCAUUUUGAUGAGGAUCCUGCUUCAUGGACUUCAUUUGUACUGAAGAUGUGCUCAUUGGCAGCUGACCAUGCAAAACAGACAGGAGAGACACCCCUUGAAUCCUUAUUCUCAGUGUUUAACAUCAAGGAAUUUGUAGAAGCACUUGAAGGCCUCUUUAAUGACAUGACUGGCAGGAAAUUGCAGGAAGAUUUCCUAUUGGAUCUGUGCUCACAUGUGAAGGACUAUGAGUCCCAAACACAGAGGAGUGUCCUCCCUACUCUACUGCCCUUUGACCAGUCAGCUCCUGCAGUCUGGGUUAUAGACCUCUCUGUGAGAAAGGCCUCCCUCCUACUAGAAGUGCUGAAACUCCAGACAGACAAGAGAGCAGUAGAGCUGAAGGGCUGGUCAGAAGAAGAGAGUGAAGUGAGGAGCUUCCUUCAGUGUCUGCCCUACGUCUCACAGCUGAGAUUUGAUAAAGAGCAUUUUGAUGAGGAUCCUGCUUCAUGUACUUCAUUUGUACUGAAGAUGUGCUCUUUGGCAGCUGACCAUGCAAAACAGACAGGAGAGACACCCCUUGAAUCCUUAUUCUCAGUGUUUAACAUCAAGGAAUUUGUAGAAGCACUUGAAGGCCUCUUUAAUGACAUGACUGGCAGGAAAUUGCAGGAAGAUUUCCUAUUGGAUCUGUGCUCACAUGUGAAGGACUAUGAGUCCCAAACACAGAGGAGUGUCCUCCCUACUCUACUGCCCUUUGACCAGUCAGCUCCUGCAGUCUGGGUUAUAGACCUCUCUGUGAGAAAGGCCUCCCUCCUACUAGAAGUGCUGAAACUCCAGACAGACAAGAGACCAGUAGAGCUGAAGGGCUGGUCAGAAGAAGAGAGUGAAGUGAGGAGCUUCCUUCAGUGUCUGCCCUACAUUUCACAGCUGAGGUUUUCUUACUCUGGCAUGUACUCUGUUACCACUCAACAUCAUGCAGCAAAGUUUCUGCUGAAGCUCAGUGUUGAAGCAGCAGAGAGUGACACUGGAACAGGAAGGAGUGUCUCCCAGUGUCUGUCCUCUGCGUGCAGUUACAGCACUUUUCCUUGUGAUGAUGACAGACCAUCUGUACAGUGUGUAUUCCUGUUGGAUCUGUACUCACAUGUGAAGGACUAUGAGUCCCAAACACAGACGAGUGUCCUCCCUACUCUACUGCCCAUUUACCAGUCAGCUCCUGCAGUCUGGGUUAUAGACCUCUCUGUGAGAAAGGCCUCCCUCCUACUAGAAGUGCUGAAACUCCAGAGAGACAAGAGACCAGUAGAGCUGAAGGGCUGGACAGAAGAAGAGAGUGAAAUGAGGAGCUUCCUUCAGUGUCUGCCCUACAUCUCACAGCUGAGGUACUCUACAGAAUGUCCUAAGGAUCCUGCUUCAAUUAUGCUGAGGAUGUGUUCAGUGGGAGUUGAUUAUAUGAAAUACAGAGGAGGGACACUUCUUUUGGAUCUGUACUCACAUGUGAAGGACUAUGAGUCCCAAACACAGAGGAGUGUCCUCCCUACUCUACUGCCCAUUUACCAGUCAGCUCCUGCAGUCUGGGUUAUAGACCUCUCUGUGAGAAAGGCCUCCCUCCUACUAGAAGUGCUGAAACUCCAGACAGACAAGAGAGCAGUAGAGCUUGAGGGCUGGUCAGAAGAAGAGAGUGAAGUGAGGAGCUUCCUUCAGUGUCUGCCCUACAUCUCACAGCUGCGAUUUGAUAAAGAGCAUUUUGAUGAGGAUCCUGCUUCAUGUACUUCAUUUGUACUGAAGAUGUGCUCUUUGGCAGCUGACCAUGCAAAACAGACAGGAGAGACACCCCUUGAAUCCUUAUUCUCAGUGUUUAACAUCAAGGAAUUUGUAGAAGCACUUGAAGGCCUCUUUAAUGACAUGACUGGCAGGAAAUUGCAGGAAUAUUUCCUGUUGGAUCUGUACUCACAUGUGAAGGACUAUGAGUCCCAAACACAGAGGAGUGUCCUCCCUACUCUACUGCCCAUUUACCAGUCAGCUCCUGCAGUCUGGGUUAUAGACCUCUCUGAGAGAAAGGCCUCCCUCCUACUAGAAGUGCUGAAACUCCAAACAGACAAGAGAGCAGUAGAGCUGGAGGGCUGGUCAGAAGAAGAGAGUGAAAUGAGGAGCUUCCUUCAGUGUCUGCCCUACAUCUCACAGCUGAGGUUUUCCAGUAACAUUUUAUGGAACAGUAACAAACGUCAGGCAGCUGUGAAGUUUCUGCUGAAGCUCAGUUCUGAAGCAGCAGAGAGUGACACUGGAACAGGAGGGAGUGUCUCCCAGUGUCUGUCCUCUGUAUGCAGUUACAUCACUUUUCAUUGUGAUGAUGACAGACCAUCUGAACAGUGUGGAUUCCUGUUGUAUUUAUACUCAUGUGCAAAGGACUAUGAGUCCCAAACACAGAGGAGUGUCCUCCCUACUCUACUGCCCAUUUACCAGUCAGCUCCUGCAGUCUGGGUUAUAGACCUCUCUGUGAGAAAGGCCUCCCUCCUACUAGAAGUGCUGAAACUCCAAACAGACAAGAGAGCAGUAGAGCUGGAGGGCUGGUCAGAAGAAGAGAGUGAAGUGAGGAGCUUCCUUCAGUGUCUGCCCUACAUCUCACAGCUGAGAUUUGAUAAAGAGCAUUUUGAUGAGGAUCCUGCUUCAUUGACUUCAUUUGUACUGAAGAUGUGCUCUUUGGCAGCUGACCAUGCAAAACAGUCAGGAGAGACAACCCUUGAAUCCUUAUUCUCAGUGUUUAACAUCAAGGAAUUUGUAGAAGCACUUGAAGGCCUCUUUAAUGACAUGACUGGCAGGAAAUUGCAGGAAGAUUUCCUAUUGGAUCUGUACUCACAUGUGAAGGACUAUGAGUCCCAAUCACAGAGGAGUGUCCUCCCUACUCUACUGCCCUUUGACCAGUCAGCUCCUGCAGUCUGGGUUAUAGACCUCUCUGUGAGAAAGGCCUCCCUCCUACUAGAAGUGCUGAAACUCCAGACAGACAAGAGAGCAGUAGAGCUGAAGGGCUGGUCAGAAGAAGAGAGUGAAGUGAGGAGCUUCCUUCAGUGUCUGCCCUACAUCUCACAGCUGAGGUUUUCCAGUAACAUUGUACAGAACAGUAACAAACGUCAGGCAGCUGUGAAGUUUCUGGUGAAGCUCAGUGCUGAAGCAGCAGAGAGUGACACUGGAACAGGAGGGAGUGUCUCCCAGUGUCUGUCCUCUGUAUGCAGUUACAUCACUUUUCCUUGUGAUGAUGACAGACCAUCUGUACAGUGUGGUUUCCUGUUGGAUCUGUACUCACAUGUGAAGGACUAUGAGUCCCAAACACAGAGGAGUGUCCUCCCUACUCUACUGCCCAUUUACCAGUCAGCUCCUGCAGUCUGCAUUAUAGACCUCUCUGUGAGAAAGGCCUCCCUCCUACUAGAAGUGCUGAAACUCCAGACAGACAAGAGAGCAGUAGAGCUGGAGGGCUGGUCAGAAGAAGAGAGUGAAGUGAGGAGCUUCCUUCAGUGUCUGCCCUACAUCUCACAGCUGAGAUUUGAUAAAGAGCAUUUUGAUGAGGAUCCUGCUUCAUUGACUUCAUUUGUACUGAAGAUGUGCUCUUUGGCAGCUGACCAUGCAAAACAGACAGGAGAGACACCCCUUGAAUCCUUAUUCUCAGUGUUUAACAUCAAGGAAUUUGUAGAAGCACUUGAAGGCCUCUUUAAUGACAUGACUGGCAGGAAAUUGCAGGAAGAUUUCCUAUUGGAUCUGUACUCACAUGUGAAGGACUAUGAGUCCCAAUCACAGAGGAGUGUCCUCCCUACUCUACUGCCCAUUUACCAGUCAGCUCCUGCAGUCUGGGUUAUAGACCUCUCUGAGAGAAAGGCCUCCCUCCUACUAGAAGUGCUGAAACUCCAGACAGACAAGAGAGCAGUAGAGCUGAAGGGCUGGUCAGAAGAAGAGAGUGAAGUGAGGAGCUUCCUUCAGUGUCUGCCCUACAUCUCACAGCUGAGGUUUUCCAGUAACAUUUUAUGGAACAGUAACAAACGUCAGGCAGCUGUGAAGUUUCUGCUGAAGCUCAGAGCUGAAGCAGCAGAGAGUGACACUGGAACAGGAGGGAGUUUCUCCCAGUGUCUGUCCUCUGUAUGCAGUUACAUCACUUUUCUUUGUGAUGAUGACAGGUUAUUUUGUGAGUUUUAUUUCCUGUUGGAUCUGUUUUCACAUGUGAAGGACUAUGAGUCCCAAACACAGAGGACUGUCCUCCCUACUCUACUGCCCAUUUACCAGUCAGCUCCUGCAGUCUGGGUUAUAGACCUCUCUGUGAGAAAGGCCUCCCGCCUACUAGAAGUGCUGAAACUCCAGACAGACAAGAGAGCAGUAGAGCUGAAGGGCUGGUCAGAAGAAGAGGGUGAAGUGAGGAGCUUCCUUCAGUGUCUGCCCUACAUCUCACAGCUGAGGUUUUCCAGAAACAUUUUACGGAACAGUAACAAACGUCAAGCAGCUGUGAAGUUUCUGCUGAAGCUCAGUCCUGAAGCUGCAGAGAGUGACACUGGAACAGGAGGGAGUGUCUCCCAGUGUCUGUCCUCUGUGUGCAGUUACAGCACUUUUCCUUGUGAUGAUGACAGUCCAUCUGUACAGUGUAAAUUCCUGUUGGAUCUGUACUCACAUGUGAAGGACUAUGAGUCCCAAACACAGAGGUGUGUCCUCCCUACUCUACUGCCCAUUUACCAGUCAGCUCCUGCAGUCUGGGUUAUAGACCUCUCUGAGAGAAAGGCCUCCCUCCUACUAGAAGUGCUGAAACUCCAGAGAGACAAGAGACCAGUAGAGCUGAAGGGCUGGUCAGAAGAAGAGAGUGAAGUGAGGAGCUUCCUUCAGUGUCUGCCCUACAUCUCUCAGCUGAGGUUUUCCAGUAACAUUUUAUGGGACAGUAAAAAACAUCAGGCAGCUGUGAAGUUCCUGCUGAAGCUCAGUGCUGAAGCAGCAGAGAGUGACACUGGAACAGGAGGGAGUGUCUCCCAGUGUCUGUCCUCUGUGUGCAGUUACAGCAGUUUUCCUUGUGGUGAUGGCAGUCCAUCUGUACAGUGUAAAUUCCUGUUGGAUCUGUACUCACAUGUGAAGGACUAUGAGUCCCAAACACAGAGGAGUGUCCUCCCUACUCUACUGCCCAUUUACCAGUCAGCUCCUGCAGUCUGGAUUAUAGACCUCUCUGUGAGAAAGGCCUCCCUCCUACUAGAAGUGCUGAAACUCCAAACAGACAAGAGAGCAGUAGAGCUGGAGGGCUUGUCAGAAGAAGAGAGUGAAGUGAGGAGCUUCCUUCAGUGUCUGCCCUACAUCUCACAGCUGAGGCUUGUUGGGAAUACUUUGGAGAAGUGGAUUCUACUGGUGUAUAAAGUUCAGGACAACCAGCUGACUCAGUCCUUACUAGAGACGGUUGGUGGAGACCUGAGUACCUGCUCGCUGGACUGGGAGGUGCUUCAGUAUCUACUGCAGAACUCCGACUGUCAUGUCACCAUGGACCUCAAGAAGAGCAGAGCUCUGGAGGAUAAGACCAGGGAUCUUCUUCUUUUCCUCGACAGGGUUGAGCUAAAGAGGCCCAGUCCCAGGUUCACAAUGUCUGCUCUCAGAGAGGCAUUUGAAGUCCACUCUGUGCAUUCGGUGUCCAGCCUAGUGAAAGCUGUAGGCGGCUGGAUCAACCUGAACAGCAGAGUUAUGGACAACAAGGACUGUGCUGCUCUGCAGUUCACCCUCCGUAACUGUAAGAGCGUCAAACUCAGUCUGCUGUGGUCCUCCCUGCCUGAGGGGGCACUAGAGAGCAUAGUGUCUCUACUGCACCGUGUCUCCAAGCUCAGUGUGGACAGGAAUCUGAUGCUGAGGUUCCUUCAUUUCUGCACAACUGCUGAAGACCAGCAGGGGGCAACAACAGCCCUGCUCCAGGCACUGCAGCACAAGCUGGACUUCUCCAGCUCCUCUGUUGUGGAUCUGUCAGGGCAAGAGGGAGGAAAUGACAUGUGUCUCAGUGCCGGAGACUGUAGAGUUAUCUUCUCUGUAGUCCAGCUGGCCCAGGUUACCACAGACCUGGUUUUGCAGGACUGUGAAGCUUCAGACGCUGCUCUGGAACAUCUUUUCCCUGUUUUACAUAAAGUCUGUUUGAGGCCCAGCAAACCCCUCCUCCUACAGCUGCUGCAUCUUACUGGAGGGCUGCAUGAAGCUGAGGCAGCGAGACGAGCCAAGUCCCUCUGCUCAGCCCUGGGUCAGGAACUGGACCUGAGCCACACGCCUGUGGACCUGGAGGCCUGUAGGGCACUGGCCCUUGUACUGGAACAAUCAGAGGGUCUGCCAGAACUGGACCUGAGCCACUGUCACCUGACUGACGCCUGCUUGGAGCUGUUGCUCCCUCAUCUGCACAAAGUACAAGUCCUAGAUCUAAGUCACAAUGACAUCACUGACCAUGGAGCACAAGGUCUUCAGCAGGCCGUCUGCAGUAACAGCUCUGUGCAGACAGUACGACUCUUCAGUAAUAAAAUUACAGACAGAAGAUCCUUCAAAACAGACAAUCGCUUUGAAAUCUGGUGAUGAGGCAGAAUUACAGAGAGAGGGACCCCUGACUGAUCUGUGUUGAAAAGAUGAAAAGAAUAUGGAACUUAAGCAGUCUGACUUUUUUCAAAUAAGGAACUUUUUUCUGUUUCUAUUUUAAAAUAUUUGCGCCUUUUCUGUAUGAUUAUGUGAUUUUCUUUGGGUCUUUGGCUUCAUGUCAGGAAAUGGCGUAUCGCAUACGAUGAUUGGAGAAACACUAUUAUUAUAUAGGGACAGAACUUUCAGGCAGGUUAUUGUAAUUCCUACAUGUAUGUUUGACAGGUGGUAACAGGGGACAUAAUCGGUUUAGUAAAGAGUGCUUGUUACAGUAAUAUUCUUGUUGCAGUUCACAAACACAAGUAACAAAGACAAAACAUUUUCCACAAAUGAUAACACAAUUAACUAAAUUAAAAUCAUGUUAUAAAUGUAAUUGCUGCAACUGAAGCCAAUUCUUGAAAACUGGAAAAUGAUAAACAGCAAUGUAUUUAUCUGUAUGAAUAAACUGUAUUUGGGGAAUAA